AUGUUAUCAUGUUUUCCACUUCUAGUUAUCAUGCUCACUACAGUGACAGCGACGCCUUGUUUAUUCAACAGCAUGUGUACAUGCAAAACAGACGAAGCAUUAAGAAUGCACAUCGCAUGUGUUGCAGUUCCUUUGUACACAAUCCCAGAAGUAGCAACUGGCACUCGGAUAAGUCAUAUGGAUGUCAUGUCGUCUGAGAUCGAGGCUGUGGACAAUGAUAUAUUACAAGGAACACACAUCGAAUCAUUACGGUUGAUGAGCAAUAGAAUCGGAAUAAUUUCUGAAAGGGCCUUCGCGUCAUCCGGCACAGUUCUUAGAGCCCUGGAUCUCAGCUAUAACCAAUUGGAUAAAGUACCACUUAAAUCAUUUUCCAAUAUAAAAAGUUUGGAUUGGCUUAAUUUACACGGAAAUAACAUAGAGGUUGUGGAAACGCACUGGAAUCAUUUGCAAGAUACGCUACAACAUUUGUUUAUUGGAGAAAAUGAUUUAAUGUCAUUUCCAGAACAAUUUUCAAAACUACGAACUUUAUCUACACUAAAUCUAGAUAAUAAUUUGAUCACUUCAAUUCCAUCUAAUAUUAGAACUCCUCCAACGCUUGAAACAUUGAGCAUAUCAAACAAUUUUCUACAAGAUUUUCCAUUGUCACUAUUAGAAACCGGAACUGCAUUAAACAGAUUAUACAUCCGGGACAAUUAUAUAGAAAAUAUGACAAAAAUAAUUCCAAAUAGAUUUGUUAAAUUAGAUGUCUUAGAUUUUGGCAUGAAUCGAUUAGAGAGUUGGUCAGGUCGAAUGUUUGGUGGUCGCUCGGAAGUACGAAAUCUACACUUAGAUAUGAAUCGAUUAGAGUCACUAGAUGCUAAUGCAUUUGAUGGAUUGCGGUCAGUUCGGAUGUAUCUGUCAUACAACAAGUUAAGAAAUUUGAAUCACAAAACAUUUGAAGGCCUUGAAAGAAUACUUGAGUAUUUGGACUUGGAACAUAAUAAUUUAGGAAUAAUACCUACAGCAAUAAGAACAUUGAAAAAUUUAAAAUUUUUGUAUUUAUCGUCAAAUGAUCUCAAUAAAUUAGAUUCAGCAGAUUUCACAGGUGUGUCAUUAAGCUUGAGAUCACUUUCACUAUCUGGAAAUCUCCUUACGGAAAUUCCAAGCAAUGCAUUGAUGAACUGCACUAAGCUAUCACAUUUAAAUUUGGGAUAUAAUUUCAUUAGAGAAAUAAAAGAAAACGACUUUGGAGAAUGGGCCAGGCACCUUGAUACAUUACUACUGAUGAACAACAAGUUAAAAGAACUCAUCGGAAGACCUUUCAAGAACACGAAUUCUCUUAGGGAAUUAAGUUUAUCUUUUAAUAAUAUUCAUUACGUAGAUGCCGACGUAUUUUUGGAUUUAGCGACAUCAUUAGAAAGUUUAGAAAUUAGUUUCGGUGUUUACUACGACAACUUUCCAGUUAAAAUACUUAGACACCUCAAGUCUCUCUUGUGGUUAGUACUUGAUAAUAACGACAUUUCAUCUGUACCAUUUGAUUCAUUGCAUUCUCUAGAUAGUCUUCAAUAUUUGAACUUGGAGUCUAAUAGGAUAUCUGUGUUGGCUCCCAAAACAUUUAGCUCACCUAACCAAACUGAUCUUCGUGAAGUAAGACUGAAUCAAAAUUAUUUAAUGUCCUUAGAACCAAAUACGUUUUCCAACCUACAGCAACUACAGACAAUUACUAUAUCUAGGAACAAAAUUAUUGAAGUAAUGUCACAUUCCUUUAAAGAACUUCCAAGACUACUCAACAUUGACUUAUCAUAUAAUCAAAUUGAAUACAUUCAGCCAUCGGCAUUUGACAGUUUACCAAAUUUUAAACGUCUUGAUUUGCAAGGAAAUCAACUGAAGGAAUUGCGAAUGACGUCAUUUGCAAAUUGUACUAACUCAAAAACGCCACUGUCUUUAAACGUAUCCAACAAUUGUAUUGAAAGAACGCCGAUUGAUGAUUCAUUGACGCCCGUUCACAUAAAGAUUUUAGACUUAAGUCAUAAUAGUUUACAAGAUUUACCAUUUAAAUUGUUGUAUUUUAUAUCUAGCUCUCUUAGAAACUUAUACUUAGAUCAUAAUCGGAUAACUAAAAUAUAUAACUCAGAGUUCAUAAAUUUAACGAACUUGGAAGUACUCUCAAUCACCGAAAAUGGUAUGACAUCAAUAGCGUCAAAAGCAUUUAGUAAUUUAACUUCUUUGCAAAUACUAUAUUUAUCUGGUAACAAGAUACAACAAUUAUCAUCCGAACAGUUUGCAACAUUACCAAAACUUAGAGUCUUAUCUUUAGCCCGGAAUCGGCUAAGCACAUUAAGUUGGGAUGUAUUAUCAGGAACGCCAUUAGAGUAUAUUGAUCUAUCCAAUAAUGAAUUACUCGCAGUACCGGCUGGUGUAUUAUCAAAAACUGGUACAACUCUAAGACAUCUUUUAUUGGCUGGUAAUCGGAUAGAUCAUGUUGAUGGGACAACGUUUUUUGAUGUGCCCAGAUUAGCCAAUUUAAGUUUGGCAAAUAACAAAUUGACAAUAAUUCCAGACAACACAUUUGUUGGACUCACAAAUCUUAUUUCAUUAGAUUUGUCUUCAAAUACCCUAAGAGCAAACUUCAAAGAACUUUUCCACUAUGUACAAAACGUUAGGCAUUUAAACUUGGAAGAUACGGGACUAAUCGAAACGCCACCAUUACCACUUCCCAGUUUAAUUUCACUUCGACUGUCAAAAAAUAAAUUAGAAAAAAUAUCCAGAUCUUCAAUGGAAAUGUUGACCCAGCUCAAGACAUUGUUCCUAAAUGACAAUAAACUAAGUUCUUCUCCGUCACACGUUUGGUCAUUAUUACCAUCUUUGAAAACAUUGGAUCUAUCUUCAAAUCCUAUAAAAACAAUAACUAAAGCAAGUUUUUCAGGCUUGUCCCGUUUGCAGCAUUUACGAGUCCAACAACUCAAUUAUUUAGAUCGUUUUGAUGUGGGAUCACUAUCUAAGUUGUCCACGCUCAGGUCAUUAGCCACUGAUUGGCGACCCAACCUUGGACAAAUCGUAUGCGCUGCUGUUAAGUCAAUCCGCAGACUAUCGGUUCACGUGAAGGGUUCUAAAUUAAUGGGACCAAUAGUCGACACCUGCGGUCCCAAAUUAGAAUCCGUGGCCAUUACGGGAUCGAAGUUGCAAUUCAUUGACCGGCAGGUAUUCUCAGGUCUAGAGCGUGGGGUCGGUGAACGACUAACGAUCAGCAUACGGCACACUGCAAUCGAAGAUUUGCCUGCCGAUCUAUUGCUACCACUGGUUGGUGUACCAAAACUCGCAUUGGAUUUGACUGGUAACAAGCUUACAUCGUUCAAUCCACUGACCAUAUAUUCCAAUUACACCACAUGGGAAAACUCUGGGACAAAUAUAUUGAAAGGUAAGUGUUUUUUCAAUUAA